ACUUCGCAGCAAUGAUUGUACAUCAACGAGCCCCCCCUCUUUUAUGAUCUCUCCUUCUCCGCAUUCCUUCUCUCCUUACACGUACACACAAAAACAAAAAUACACACACAUCUCAAUUUCACACACUAAUAUAUUGUCUCUCUCUGGAUCUUCACCUCCUCUCUGCAGAUUUCCCCAAUUUCCCGAACCCUAAACCCAAAUCUACUCCCAAUUUCUUUCCCCGGGCCCGAAUUUCAUCCAAUCUCGACCGAGAUCGAUUUGAUACCCUUUAAUUCAAACAUUUUCAAAGCUGGAGCAGCUAAAGACGAUCGGUCGGGAGCUCGCGAUGGGCUCCCAAGGUGGAUUCGGGCAGUCUAAGGAGUUCCUCGACCUCAUCAAAUCAAUCGGCGAGUCUCGAUCCAAAGCCGAGGAAGACCGCAUUGUAUUGCGUGAAGUGGAGACCCUCAAAGUUAGGUUGAACGACCCGAACACCCCCAAAUACAAGCUCAAGGAGUACAUAAUCCGCCUCCUCUAUGUCGAGAUGCUCGGCCACGACGCCUCCUUCGGGUACAUCCACGCCGUCAAGAUGACGCACGACGAGAAUUUACUGCUCAAAAGAACUGGAUACCUGGCGGUGACGUUGUUUCUGAACGAGGAUCAUGAUUUGAUUAUUUUGAUCGUCAACACGAUACAGAAGGACUUGAAGAGCGAUAACUUUUUGGUGGUUUGCGCGGCUUUGAAUGCGGUGUGCAGGUUGAUCAAUGAGGAGACGAUUCCAGCGGUUCUGCCGCAGGUUGUGGAGCUGUUGGGGCACCAGAAGGAGGCGGUGAGGAAGAAGGCUGUCAUGGCGCUUCAUCGGUUUUCUCAAAAGGCUCCUGGGUCGGUUUCCCAUCUCAUUUCCAAUUUCCGCAAGAAGCUUUGCGACAAUGAUCCUGGGGUUAUGGGUGCUGCUCUUUGCCCUCUAUUUGAUCUUAUUACUGCUGAUGUUGACAAAUAUAAGGACCUGGUGGUUAGUUUUGUAAACAUUCUUAAGCAAGUAGCUGAGCGCAGACUACCAAAGAGUUACGACUAUCAUCAGAUGCCUGCUCCAUUCAUUCAGAUCAAAUUGUUGAAAAUUCUGUCCCUACUGGGUACUGGUGACAAGAAGGCCAGUGAACAAAUGUACACAAUUGUGGGUGAUAUAAUGAGAAAAUGUGAUUCGACAAGCAACAUUGGGAAUGCCAUUCUUUAUGAGAGCAUUUGUUGUGUUUCAUCAUUGCACCCCAACCCAAAGUUGCUUGAAUCAGCUGCUGAUGCAAUUGCAAAAUUUCUGAAAAGCGACAGCCACAACCUGAAGUAUCUUGGUAUUGAUGCUCUUACUCGACUAAUAAAGAUAAACCCAGAAAUAGCUGAGCAGCAUCAACUGGCUGUAAUUGAUUGCUUAGAGGACCCAGAUGAUACCCUAAAGCGCAAGACCUUUGAUCUACUCUACAAAAUGACCAAGUCAUCAAAUGUAGAAGUAAUCGUGGACCGUAUGAUUGAGUAUAUGAUAAGCAUCAAUGAUAGUCAUUACAAAACCGAAAUAGCUUCAAGAUGUGUUGAUCUUGCUGAACAGUUUGCUCCAAGCAACCAAUGGUUCAUACAGACCAUGAAUAAAGUGUUUGAGCAUGCAGGGGACCUGGUGAAUGCUAAAGUUGCACAUAACCUGAUGAAAUUAAUUGCAGAGGGAUUUGGAGAGGAUGAUGAUACUGCAGAUAGUCAGCUUAGAUCAUCUGCUGUGGAGUCUUAUCUUCGAAUCAUGGGCGAGCCAAAAUUACCAUCUGCUUUUCUUCAAGUAAUUUGUUGGGUCUUAGGAGAAUAUGGGGUUGCAGAUGGUAAAUAUUCUGCCUCAUACAUCAUUGGGAAGUUGUGUGAUGUUGCAGAGGCACACCCAGAUGAUGAUACAGUGAAGGGAUAUGCAGUGACAGGAAUUAUGAAGAUAUAUUCAUUUGAAAUAGCGUCUGGGAAACCUGUGGACUUACUGCCCGAGUGCCAGUCACUGAUUGAAGAAAUGUUGGCAUCUCACUCGACGGACCUUCAGCAGCGUGCCUAUGAGCUUCAAUCCAUCUUCACUUUAGAUGCGCAAGCUGUCAAGAAAAUAAUGCCUAUGGAUUCAACUUGUGAUGACAUUGAGAUUGACAAAAACCUUUCAUUUCUAGAUGGUUAUGUCCAACAAGCAAUAGAAAAUGGUGCUCAGCCAUAUAUUCCGGAGAGUGAACGCUUUGGAAUGUCAAGCAUUAGUAAUUUCAAGAGUCAUGACGAACACGAACCAUCUACACACGCUCUUAGGUUUGAGGCCUACGAGUUACCUAAACCAUCGCUGCCUCAGAAUGUUCCUCCAGUAUUAGCAUCCUCAUCUGAGCUUGUUCCUGUCCCAGAGCCAUUAUAUGCUGCUGAUGUCCUGCAUCCUACCUCUGUUCCAUCAGCUUCUGAUUCUGGGUCAUCGGAACUGAAACUACGACUUGAUGGGGUUCAGAAGAAGUGGGGACGACCUACUUACUCCUCUCCUGUACCAUCUAGUUCAAGCACUGAACCAGUUAAGGUUCAGAAUGAGACACCCAGACCAGACUCAGCAAGCAGUUCAAAACCAAAAACACGUGAUACAUCUUAUGAUUCAAGAAAGCAGCAAAUUGAAAUUUCUCCAGAAAAGCAAAAACUCGCGGCUUCACUUUUUGGGGGCUCAUCAAAAUCUGAGGGCAGACAGCCUCCUAGCCAGAAGAAUUUGAAAACUCAGAAUCACACUUCAGAUAAGUCUCGCUCAUCGAAGGCUUCAGCUCCUGACACUGCUGUAAAAACAUCCCAGCCACCUCCAGACUUGCUGGACUUGGGUGAACCAUCUAUUGCUAGCAGCGUACCGUCAGUAGAUCCUUUCAAGCAAUUCGAAGGUCUCUUUGAUUUUACACAAGAAACAACCCCAGCAAGUACUGGUGGAGCUGACGAUGCUACUAAAGAUUCUGAUUUCACAUCUCUUUUCGCGGACAUGUCUCUAUCUGCCCAGAGUCAUAUUGAUCCCAGUCCAGAAUCGAAUGGUCUUGGGGGAAGUAAAGUCGAACCUUCAGCUCAACAACUGAACAAGGGGCCAAAUUUGAAGGAAGCUUUGGAGAAGGAUGCACUCGUAAGACAAGUGGGUGUGACGCCAUCUGGUCAGAACCCCAUCUUAUUUAAGGAUUUGCUUGGCUAGAUUUUUAUGUGAGAACCUGGAUACAAAAAUCGAGCUGGAUUCGUUGAGGAUAGCUCUCUGCCUUGGUUUCUAAGCCACGACCAACGAGGAUGCAAUCUAACGACAGGUCACGAGCAGUAGCCCUCCGGUGUUGGUAGUAGUUUCAGCUCUACUCUCUCUGUAUUGGUUGCUGGGAUGAUUCCGGUAUGUAGAAAUUCAGUAAGAGCUAGACAGUACAGGUUUUUCAACUGUCGAUACGUGUUUAUCGUCCAUGUUUAAAACCUCGGGACAAUUUUUGAAACAUUAAACGGAGUGCCGGAGACGCAUUGUGUCUUUAUUUUCACGCUGUAAUAAAAGUAUUGCUGUUAUAUCGUCUUCAA